ACAGCUAAGCUAAAGCUACCUAGCUAAUAGGAUACACUGAUUAGGAGAACAAUAUGGCACAACUGAGGCUUACGCUGCUGGCUAUGUCUUUGCUGAUACUCUCGCCGGCGAUGGACGGCGGCGGUGGCGGCACCGUCCAGGCGCAGAUCGUGCCGGCGGCGAUCUCGUUCGGUGACUCGACCGUCGACGUUGGCAACAACAACUACCUGCCUGGUGCCGUCUUCAAGGCCAACUACGUGCCUUAUGGGGUGAACUUCGGCAGCCGCCGUAAGCCGACAGGGAGGUUCUCCGACGGCAAGAUCGUCACCGACAUCACCGCUGAAACGCUUGGCUUUGAGAGCUAUGCACCACCGUACCUUAGCCCGCAGGCGAAGGGGGAUAACCUUCUCCUUGGCGCCAACUUUGCCUCCGCGGCGUCCAGCUACCAUGACGACACGGCCGCCAUGUAUGAUGCAAUUACUUUGACGCAGCAGCUCAAGUACUACAAGGAGUACCAGUCCAAGCUUGCGGCGUUGAUCGGCCAGAAGAAUGCCACCGCCAUCCUGUCCGACGCGCUGUAUAUCGUCAGCACAGGGACCGGCGAUUUCAUCCAGAACUACUACCACAACGCCUCGUUGUCGAGCCGCUACAACGUCAACAGUUACUGCGAUCUCCUCAUCAGCAUCUUCUCCGGCUUCGCCAACGAGUUGUAUAGGUUGGGGGCGCGGCGGAUUGGUGUCACGUCUCUGCCGCCGCUGGGCUGUCUGCCUGCCACAAUCAGGCUGUAUGGCAAGGGCCGCAGCGGGUGCGUGGAGAGGCUCAACGGCGAUGCUGAGACCUUCAACAACAAGCUGAACAUCACUGUCGAAGCGCUGGCGAAGAAGCAUUCCGACCUCAAGAUCGCCAUCUUCGACAUCUACACACCGCUCCGAAACAUGUCCGAGUCACCUGCAUCGCAAGGCUUCUUGGAGGCGAGGAAGACUUGCUGCCAGACAGGGACAAGGAAGACGAGGGUCUACCUCUGCAACCCGGCGACGGCGGGGUUGUGCCGCAACGCCAGCGACUUCGUGUACUUCGACGGUGUGCACCCUUCAGAGGCGGCCAAUCUUGUCAUCGCCGAGUCCACGAUAUUGGCAGGGAUAAGCCUAGUUACCUAACUCACUCGGUCUGACUCUGAACUACCAUGGCAGGUGCAUGAAGGCGCUACAGUUCAUCAUCAAUUAGUUUCGAAGGUUGUGUUGUGUUUUCAACCUAAGAAAAAGUGUUCUCCAGUGAUCCAUUCGCAUAUACAAACAAUAUAGUUUGUUUCUAUAAAUAUGUGCGUCAGUCUCCUACUGACCUGCAUAACUGCAAGUUAAAUCCAACUUAAAACAUGUCAUCCAACUAAGUAUGAAUGACGAACAGUGUUACUCUACUCUUUUUUUUCUUCUUCAUUUUUAUUAAGAUUUUUUCCUACCCAGACUAGCAGCUCUCAGAACAUGCUGUAAUGAUCUUAACAGAAAAGAAGUCAAAUCGUUUGCCAA